AUGGCGGGAACUAUGAUGCUGUGCCGUACCGAUACUUUGGACGCCCGAAAACUAGCCGCAACCCCCUGGAUAACAGUAUCCAUCAGGGAGAGAUCCAGUUCCAAAAGACCGUCACAGAAAGACCUGCCAUUUUUGCCGCCCCCCCUUCUGAGAAGACUCCCCGUGCGGUAUCGGAGAGAACUGAGCGCAUCUUGCUACCUCGGUGUCUGUGUUGGUUGGAUACGAAGCCGCAGGUUGUUGUCCAGGAUGGUGAAGAGUACCAGGCGUAUCAGUCCACCGACGUCAAGCAGGUUUGUCACCACACCCACCCGUGAACUCGCCAUGCCAACUGACAUCUUGAAGUGGAUGAAACAGAACGCAAAGCAUUGUCCCGAGUAUCUCUUCGUUGCCUGGAGAGUCUCUCAGUUCCAAACAGAGAAUCUCCAAGACAAAGAAGCCCUCCAUGAGCUGGCCCGGCGUGCAACCAAGGAGGCAGGUUUGAGCUGCUAUUGGAUCAGUGACAACUGCUUCACAGCGCCUGAGGAGGAGUUGUCUCUGGACGUCUGGAGAAUGAGUGACAUUGUACGAAGUUCGAGCGGUAUGGCGAUAGCUCUCGGCAGACUGUCUGAUGAGGAUACUUCGGCCGACAUGAACAGCGACAAGGACCCCUGCUACGCCCUCUUGUCUUCUUGGUCUCAGUCCAUCUGGACCUUUCCAGAACUUCUCCUCAGCAAAGGGUCCACGAUAACAUGCUACUACUUCUCCGAUCAUGAGGAAGAGCCGUCAGCCAAGGCCUCCGACCCGUUCCGGGAUUCUUCAGCAUCGCCAUAUGGCACAAUUCGGAAGCAAAUCAUUCCGAAGAACCAGUUUGCUGCCCGGUGUCUCGAGACGUCGAGAGAUCGCUACCAGGUUCGUCGCUUGAUCGACCACUACUCCGGCAACCUCAAACUGAGCGAUCUCGAGCUCACCACAGUUGCUUUGGAAUGCUUCAGCUCCCGUCAAGCCGGGACUCAGUACCUCCCUGGUGACUACUCCUAUGCACUCAUGGGAUUGUUGGGCAGACGGCCAUCAGUUCACCGAAGUGACUCUGCCUUCCUCGCGUUCGCUCGCUUGUCUCUCGAGAAUUACAACAACCGACUGUUUGAGAGGAUGCUUUGCUUGUUGCAACAUGAAGAGCAGGUGUGGUACGACACAACCGACGUGUAUGGUGCCCGACUUUGGGACAUUGAGCCCAGCGUCCAGGUGGCUGGCAUCGGAGUUUACAACGAACAGGAAGCCGAGAUGGACGCGGUAAAUGAGCGCGAAUUUGACCAGGAAUUCUUCCACCGAGAUGAUGACGGGGUUACUUCCGAGAAGGUCCUCCCACCCAGUCCCCUAUCCCACUCCAAGCGGCAAUACCCCCCUUCAGUUGCAAGCCAGCCACGAACCCAUCUUGCCUCCCGCUCUCAGGUCUCGUUCCAAAGCCAAGCUCCCCUCAGCCCGCCCACGUCGAUCUCGCAUCCAGCUUACAACUCCCCCCUCCAAAAGUCUUGGUCCCCCACCGUCACAGAAAUGACCGAACUUCCGAGUCCUUCCACCCAGCAGCAAAAGCCAAAAUACUCCCAUGCCCAGCUUAAUCCCGAGACCGAUACCAUCAUCCUUGACGGCUGCCUCGCCGCCACAGUUCACUGGUCCGAAUUCUGCACUCCCCUCACAACCUCAUAUCCCGCCCUCUUCCGCCGCAUCCUCAAGUGGCUCCUGCGCGUCAACAUCAUCCCUUUGAUCGUCGGCACUAUCCUUGCCCUGAUCCCCUCGCCUCCAGUCAGCGGAUUUGGCGCAUUUAUCCUCGCCUAUUCCCUCUCCAUCCUGGUGGCCUCCCCCUUCAUCAUCCGCACCCUCUAUGGUGGCAAGUUCUGGGGCGUCCAGCCCUUCUUCUUCGGGUUCGAGGGGUACAUGCCCAUCGGCGAGAUUGAGCGCAAGAUAUGGGGUGCCGACAUGGGCAGGCUGAAGUGGAGCUGGUAUGCGAGCUCGCCGCUGGCGGUGCACAAGAUCGAAGAGGAGGGCAGAUACAUUGUGAGUGAGGAUCCCACUGUUGUGGAGGAGACGAGGAGGAUGGUGGAGGAGGCGAAGAACGCUGGGCCGGGGGAUUUGAGGGUAUUCACGCUGGUUGAUACGUACAGCAUGACGGCGACGUUGUUCCAGGCUCGAAGGCCGCCCCAAGCCCUGCUCAUUUGCGGAAGUGAGGGUGGCAUGCAGAGGGCGCUGGGAUGCUCAUUCGAAUGGACCACGCAGACCUUCUACAAGGAAACCGUGUUGCGGUUGGAGACGAGGGUGUUGGAUAAGAUGGACCGGAUCAGGAGGGUGAGGUUGGGGAUUAAACGGGGCCAUAUGGAGGCUACACACCGUGCUAGUUUGUGA